UUGAUCACACACACAUGGCAUCAUCAUUAUUAAUGGAGCAGAAGAAGAAGAAAGAAGAGAACCCUCAACAACUUGAAGCUGUGUUCUUGACAGCAGGAUUGGCCGUCUUGGCCGCGUGUAUACAACGCGCCGCCAUCGAUCAGUGGCGCGUGUAUGUCUUUCUUACCCUAAAUCUCUUGUUAUUGGCGGUUCUAUUCUCAUCAACGAAGACGACGACGACAACGACGUCCGAGGAGGAGGAGGAGGAGAGCAAAGAAGUAGUUGAUGAGGAGGAGAUAGAACAGCGGCGGCGGAGGGAGAAUGUAAUAAUAACGCAGAAUAAUAAUAAGAUUAAGAUGAAGAUGAAGAAGAUGGAGAAGAAAGAGAAAAUAAUUGUAGAAGAAGGAGAAGGAGAAGAAGAAGAAGAAGAAAUAAAAGGGUUGUCUGAUGAAGAACUGAAGGAGAGAGUGGAAUCAUUCAUAGCCAUGUUUAGAAAGCAAUUGAUCUCUGAUCAUGCUACCUUCAAGAACCCUAAUUCUUCUUCUUCAUCCCCUAAGAUUUUUCGCUAA